AUGGCUGCCAGCUUAGGCGUGUCCUCACUGACCGAGGUACAUCUUGAGGGAUUGGAUCAGUUAUUGCAUGAUCUGGCAAAUGUAUGCCCAUCCAAUGAAACUACCGAAUCUGGACCACUCGGUGUACCUAUACUCGACGCUCUGCUCGAGGUUUUCAUGCUCAAGACCUUGAGACAAAGUGAACACACACAGCGCCAUCUGCAAUCACCCGCCCAGCGAGAGCAGAACCGUCUUGACAAUGAAGAAAUGAUAUUCCACAGCGCUGAUCCGGAGAACGAUAUGCUGCCAUUCGAUCCUGAGACGGGUCGGCCUUCCAAUGCGUUCUUCUCGGACUCCGUAUACCGCAGGAAGAAGCCCAGCCCAGUUGUCGAGAUAUCAAGCAGUGUCUCCGCGGCAGGCAAAUCCCAGCUGCUAUACUAUCUGACUGCCUCCAUGAUUCUCCCUCGCUCAUACCAAAACCUCCCAAUUGGAGGGAAAGAGGCGGCUGUGAUCUGGAUAGAUACUGAUGAUCGUUUCGAUGCUGAUCGGCUUCGAGUUGUAGCUCGUGGCAUUGUCCAUCAAGCGCGGCAGACUCUGGACCCGGACGCUCUGAAUGAGGAUGCUGGGAGUUCUUUUGACGAAGACUUGGAGGUUAUGCUGGUUUCUUGUCUACAGCAUGUUCAUGUCUUUUGCCCACAAUCAUCAUCGGCGGUCCUUGUCACCCUCCGUUCUCUCGACUCGUACCUGUACGAUCUCCCACGACACAAUUCUGCUUCUCGCCCGCUGCAGAUGCUUUGCAUCGACAGUGCAACAGCAUUUUUCUGGCAGGACAAAUUACGGGACGAGAUUGCUCGCACUGAAGAUAUCGGCCGGCCUCGCGUACAAGUUGACGAGGAACGCGGGCUGAACCACAGCUUCUACCUCUCCGAUCUGUACACCGAGCUGGUCAAAGAAUUGAAACGAUUACAGAGUCGAUUUGGGUGUGCGGUUGUAUACACUACGACCGUCACGACUGGUCGCCUCCCUCCUAACAACUCGGGCCCUGUUGGUCCUUAUGAUCGAGUGCCAUCACGAACUCCGUCGCUCAAACCGGCCCUUCCUGCACCAUGGGGAAAUUUCCCAAUUCUACGAUUAAUUGCUUACCGUGAUACAGUCCGUCCAUUUCCCCCAGCUGCGAGCAUCGAUGAUGCCGAGAGAGAUGCAUCAAUGCGGCAGGAUGUGGUCCACCAGGGCAAGUUCUCUGCCUGUAUCAAUACCUGGGACCGUGAGGAAUGGCCUCGCCGUGUGGCGGAUGGAGUAGACUGGUAUAAUGGUGGGAGCUUUGCAUUUUAUGUGAAGGAUGGGGGAAUCACGAUGCCCCAGCCUGAUAGAUAA